AUGGCACAUAAAUGUCCUACGGACGAAGAAUUAGUUCAAAUGACGACGAUGCAAUUAAGAAGCCUCCUCGAGCAACACGUUAUUUCACAGGAGCAGCACCGUGAACUUCGAACUCGACGUCGCCGCCUUCAAAAUCGCAAAUAUGCACGUCGAUGCGCCAAAAAGAAACAGACCGAAGUUGCUGAGUUAGCGGCAGCAGCCAAGAAGGAGUCUUCAGCCAUAAGAUCUCUGCGACAUCAACUGUCGCGGUUGAACACCUCGGUGGACAGGCUGGAUCGACAAAUUGACAGUUUGGCAAAGCUGCGUAUAUCCAUGACCGAGACACCUUUCUCCCUCCGCAUGGUGGCAUCCGAUGGCACAGAACUGGGGUUAGCUCAUUUUAACAGCCAUCACCUGCCUCUGCUAUCCUGUGAGAGGGAGGAGGCUGUUUCCAUGGCCGCCGCCAACCACUUUAUACCGCGCAUCUGUUUUAAGACGAAACCGCUGAUACAGCGAAAUUUGUGUAUUAGUAAAAGCGCCACCACUUCUACCGCUGCUGCCUCUAACAUGCGAGUACCCGUGCCUCCAGCUGGCGGUGCCUGUAGCUCGCCUGCCGAAGGACAGAACUUGUAA